GGUUAUUUUUGUUUGGCUAUGACACCACAUGGUGUUGAUGAUCCUAUGGUGCCUAUUUAGUUUUUUAUUGUGGCUGUAAGAGCAAAUGUCGAUCUCUAUGCUGAAAGAUAUACACCCGCGGGGUAGACACUGGACUGUUUGUACAAGGCUGUCAAGGAUGUGGGAUUAUCGUGGAGGCACCGAUGAUGGUGAUGUACGGCAUGUUGAUCUUGUCCUACUAGAUGCUGAGGGAACUGCUAUGUAUGCUCAAAUUGGAUCGAACAAUGUGAAGGAUAAGCAGCCUUUGUUUGCUGAAGGAAAAGUGUACAUGUUGAAGAGGUUUAGGGUCCUCAAGUCUAAACCUUCUUACUGGCCUGUUGACAAUGAAUUCAUGAUUGAGAUCACCUGUCACACAUUGAUUGAAGAAAAACAUGAUUUUGAAUCUGACUUCCCAAUGUACACAUACAACCUGACGAAAUUCCCUGAUUUGCCUUCGCUUGUUGGUGAGACCAAGUGUUUUGUUGAUAUUAUUGGCCUGAUCACAGAGGUGGCUGAUACAACCACAGUCCAACUCCAUAAUCAAAGCAGGGCUACGGUUCGAAGGGCAAUUACACUGAGAGACACUAGCAACUAUGAGAUCAAACUUUACCUUUGGGGUAAGAGAGCUUCUGAAUUUGAUGCUGAUAAGGUGUAUGCAGUUGGCCAAGAACAACCAGUCAUUGCUAUCUUUGUUGGAACGCUUAUGAAAUCUUAUAAAGACGAACAUUCGCUCAGUGGGAAUACAUCUUGUCAAUGGUACAUCAAUCCCGAUGUUCCUGAAGUCCAAGCUGUUAUAGACAGGUACAAGAUAUGCUUGAUGGGGACCGAUGGCACAGAUGAAGCAGAAUUUGUGUUUUUUGGUGAUAUGGGUCGUCGUCUUGUUCUUAAAGAUGUCAAUGUGCUAAUGAGAUCUUGUCGCAGCGCUGAUGGUAUUCCAAGUGAAAUAGCGUCGCUGGUAUCCCAAAAGUACCAUUUUACAGUUAAUGUAACCAGCAGAUGCUUUGAAAAGCCACAACGAUCAUACGAGGUGAAGCACAUCCAUUGUGCCUACGGCCAACAGACUACCAUUCCAACAGUCAAGAAACCCAGUGGUACACCUACUGAUGACAAACACAAAGCUGUUUUAUCAAUUGUCGGUUCAUCCAGUGCUAUGCAACCACACAAGGACCAACACGUUCAAAACGUGAAAGAUACUCCCCCACCAAAAGACUCUCUAAGCUUUACACCGCUAAAGACCAAACAGCCUCUUUCUGAGCACCCAAGUGAUGGCAAAAAAGAGAGAAAUAUACGUAGGCGAUUACUUAUGGAUAGAGCUUCAACUGAUGCAAAUUUAGACAAGCAUGAUGAUUCUCUUGAUGAUAACCUGGAAGAUUCUUUGGGUGAUGGUACUGCUAGGUCUCUAACUGGUUCCGAUGGUGAUGGUGGUUCCGAUGCUGAUGGUGGCGCUGAUUCAGCCUAGGCAGUCUUGUUUUCCUGAAGAAAAAAAAACAAACA